AUGGCAGCAAUAAUUAAUUUCUACAGAUCCUGCAGCCAGAAAUAUCCAAUACGGACCAAUCUUGUUCAAACAGGAAUUAUGUUUGGUCUCAGCGAUUUAAUUGCUCAGAGCACGGUUGAAAACCGUAAACCGGAAGAUAUCGAUUGGUUACGUACAGUGCGCUACGCGUCGAUCGGUUGUGCGCUUGGACCAUCACUUACCAUGUGGUAUAGAACGUUGGACAGAUUGGGAACCAAAAUAACAGUACCGAUAGUGACUAAAAAAAUAUUAGUCGACCAAUUGGCUGCAUCGCCAAUUAUUACUGGAUCUAUAAUGACUAUGAGCAGAGUGUUUAGUGGCGACGAAUGGCCACAGAUACAAAAGAAACUAGAAGAUAACUAUGUGAAAGUUCUGCUCACCAGUUAUACGAUUUGGCCAGCCGUACAAGUAUUGAAUUUCACCAUUAUUCCACAACAUUACAGGGUCUUAACCGUACAAAUAGUGUCACUAGCUUGGAAUACAUACCUCUCGUUCAUGAGUGUCGGUGGUGAAAAAUCACAAGAACCGUAG